GCCAGCUGUUUUGACGCUGCUGAGGAUGCUGUGGAUGCUGCAGUGGCGCGAAGCGGCCACCGAGGGGCAGCGUGGCACCGACUCCAGUGUGUUCUACGCGGUGGAGAUGGAAGGAGGCGUCGCCGCAGCACAGUCCCUGGCCAAGCAGUACGGACUGCAGUUCAUCUCACGGGUCGGGGGUCUGGAGCAUCAUUUCACCCUCAGGGAUGACCUGCCUCGAGACAGCAGGGCGGCGCUAGAGAGCUCUCUGGCCCUCACACCAGGGUAUAACCGAGGCCAGUACAGCCAGGCCCAUCUCGACCUGAACGUCAUGCCCGUCUGGCAGAACAGCAUCACUGGGCAGGGAGUAGUCGUCACCAUCAUCGAUGACGGUGUGGAUCACACCAACGCAGACCUGCACAGGAACUUUGAACCCAAUGCGAGUGUUGACCUCCGAGAUGAGCAUGGGCUAUCCCAUGAUCCCAUGCCCCUGCGGGACGCGGAGAGCGGGCACGGUACCAGGUGUGCAGGUGAGGUGGCCAUGGAGGCUAACAACUCCUACUGUGGCGUGGGCAUCGCAUACAACGCCCGCGUCGGAGGUAUCCGUCUGCUGGACGGCCCGGUGACAGACGCGAUGGAGGCCUCGGCCCUGAGCUUCAACAGCUCCUUCAUAGACGUGUACGUGUGCAGCUGGGGGCCCCGAGACAACGGGGCCGAGAUAGGGGGCCCCGCACAGCUGGCAGAGAAGGCCCUGCUGCUCGGCACACAGAAGGGUCGAGGUGGUAAGGGCAACAUAUUUGUGUGGGCGUCGGGUAAUGGUGGCACGGAGGGGGACCACUGUGGGGCGGACGGCUAUAUCAACAGCAUCUCCACCAUCGCCAUAGGGGGCAUCACCCACACGGGCAAGCCAGCCUUCUUCAGCGAGCCCUGCCCCGCGACCAUGGCUGUUACUCUGACCGGGGGCAACCGUUACUCUGUGCCCAUGGUGACUGUGUCUAACCUGGACGAUGGCUGUAUUUCUGAGUUUGCCGGCACAUCUAGUGCAGCGCCUCUGGCUGCUGGAAUCAUCGCCCUGGUUCUGGAAGCCAAGCCUGAGAUGACCUGGAGGGAUGUGCAGCAUCUGAUUGCUAGAACAGCAAAGGUUCCCGACCCAGAGGAACCGGGAUGGAUCCUUAACGGAGCAGGGUUCCACGUCCACGACAGGUAUGGUUUUGGUCUUCUGGAUGCUGGGCUGAUGGUGCAGCAGGCUCUCCAGUUCCAGCUGGUGUCUCCACAGAGGAGGUGCUCCCAUAAAGUGGCCCUCGACCCUGUCAGACGUCUGCCAGAGGGGAGAGAGGUGAGCCUGGAUAUCCAAUCAGAUGCCUGCAGUGGGGGAGCCAAUCAGAUUAACACUCUGGAGCAUGUGCAGUGGCAGUCCCAGGCUUCCUCAUCCCCCCCACCACCCCCACACUCUACCCCCAGUGGCAGUCCCACCCUCCCUCCUCCUCUCCACUCCCCACCACCACACUCUACCCCCAGUGGUGGGGUACCAGGCCUCCCGCUGAACCACACCUGCCACCCACGCCACCCUCGGCUGGCAGGCCCUCAGCCCGGCUCCCCCAAACGCCAUCCCUCAUCCUGGAGGCAGCGGGGGCCCGGACGGCCCUCUGCCACGGGGAGUUGUGGUGGUGAUGGUGGUGGUGGAGGGGAGUUAGCGCAGAGGGACCUGCUCUCGCCCACUCGCUAG